AUGUGCUUCAGCUUCGGCGAGGCGGAAUCGCUGAUUAACUAUUCCUUUGGAACAUGUCAGCAGAGGAAAGUCUUUCCUUGUUACAAUCCCCCAGACUUAAUGGGGAACAAGUUUCUCCCUCUGAGGGGAGUUCCUCACAGAGGGCCUGGAUGUUACGUGACAGAAGACAAAUAUGGCAUGGCGUACAACCUCACUAAGAUCCCAACCAGUAAAAAAGGAUAUGCUUUUGGAGCCAGAACGAGCUUGAGGUUUCAACCAAUCAAGAAUAUAACACCUUACCCAGGCAUGUACCAGAAAGUACCGUCUCCAGAGGAAAAACAUAAACAAUCUUAUGCUCCAUUUAAUACCAUGUUGCCUCGAUGUAGGAAGUGCGAUUCAAGAAAGGAUUUUUAUCCUGGCCCUGGCACAUACAACCCAGAAAUGAAGCCACCCCGAAAAAUUGCUUGGCCAAUGAAAUUUGGAUCUCCAGACUGGGCUCAGGUUCCAUGUCUACAGAAAAGAACCUUAAAAACAGAGCUGUCCACAGACAAAGACUUUAGAAGGCAUCGGAACCUCGUGGCCUACCUAAGUCUGUAUUAUGAUUGAGAGGUGGUGACUACAUUCACAGGCAUCCUUCUGACUACAGAAUU